AUGACAGUCCUACCUCCAACCACGCCGUUUAUAUGCGCUGGAUGCGCUCGUCGACUAUUCCGCCUCCAAAUCUCUCGGCCUCAACUCCAUCAGUCGCGCCCCAACACCACCGCCGCAACCCCCAGACACUUUCUGCCCCGACUUCCACCAGCAGCUCCUCCAUCUAGGAGAGCACGUCCCCCACCCAGCGGCGCACCUCCUCCAACCACCACCUCCUCCUCGACUACGCCAACCACCUCAACUCCACCAACCCCCCUCACCCUCUCCACGCAAACCCUAAACCUCUACCACACGACCCUCCCGCCCACCUCUCCUCAACUCACCUACGCCUCCCGCUUCUUCGCCCGCUCCCCGCCCCGAUUCCUCUUCUCCGCCGCACGCUUCCGGUCCUUCCCCGACUCGCUGACCCCCGAAGUCGCCUUCCUAGGCCGCUCAAAUGUCGGAAAGAGUUCGCUGCUUAACGCGCUGCUGAACCGCUCCACGCACAAGAUCGCGCAUGUUAGCAGCAAGCCCGGACGGACGAGGGUCAUGAAUGCGUUUGGGGUGGGGGUCGAGGGAGGGAUGAAGAGGGAGGCAAGGGGUGGGCACGAGGGUGGGAAGGACGGGGGGAGGGCUGGGGAGGGGGAACGGUGGAUUGGGAAGGGGGGUGUUGUGGUUGUCGAUAUGCCGGGGUAUGGGAAGGGGAGUCGAGAGGAGUGGGGGACGGAGAUUCUGAAGUAUUUGUGUGGGAGGCGGCAACUGCGCAGAGCUUUCCUCCUCAUCGACGCGGAACACGGCGUCAAAACCGCGGAUGAGCAGCUCCUCACCCUGCUUAGAGAAAAUGGCGUCCCGCACCAGGUCAUCCUCUCCAAGGUCGACAAGCUCAUCUCCCCCGGUUCGAAACUGCCCUCACCCGAGAAACUGGCGGCGAAUCUACAGCAGCUCCGUACCCUCUGUGAAGAGACACGGAAAGUGAUCCAGCCCGCGGGCUACAGAGGCCCCGUCGCACUCGGCGAGAUCCUAACGUGCAGCGCGGAGAAGUCGAUUGAGACGGGCAAGAAGCUGGGUAUGGAUGGUGUUCGCUGGGCUGUGCUGCAGGCGGCGGGGCUGGAUUGUGAUGCCCAUGGCAGGAGGAGGGUCUCGGAAGUUCACGUAAUCGAGGAUGUGGUUGAGGAAGUGGACCGGUGA